CUAGCCCUUUUCUUUAAUUAGCACAAAACCAUAGCAAAUUCUAUUAGAGAGAGAGAGAGUUCUCAGAGGAAAAGCCAUGGAAAACACUGAGAAAGAAAUUACAAGUGAUGAGCCUAAGUACAGAGGACUUAAAGCCAUGCCCUUUGUUAUAGGAAAUGAGACAUUUGAGAAGCUGGGAACACUAGGGACAUCAUCGAAUCUGUUGGUGUACCUGACAACAGUGUUCAACAUGGACACAAUUACAUCAACUAAUCUGAUCAACAUCUUCAAUGGAACUUGCAACUUUGGAACCCUCCUUGGAGCUUUCCUCUCUGAUACAUACUUUGGCCGUUACAAAACUCUGGGAUUUGCUUCUAUCUCCUCGUUCUUGGGUAUGCUCAUACUGACACUCACAGCCGCAAUCUCAACCCUCCAUCCCCCCCACUGUGGAUCAAAGGAGUCCUCAUGCAUAGGUCCAACCCCAUGGCAAAUGACUUUCCUGCUAAGUGGCUUUGGACUACUAAUAGUUGGAGCCAGUGGCAUAAGACCAUGUAACCUAGCCUUUGGAGCAGACCAAUUCAACCCCAAAACUGCAUCUGGAAAGAGGGCAAUUUCUAGCUUCUUCAAUUGGUACUAUUUCACAUUCACUUUUGCAAUGAUGGUAUCAUUGACAGUGAUUGUGUAUGUUCAGUCUAAUGUGAAUUGGGCUUUGGGAUUGGCUAUUCCUACAUUCCUCAUGCUCUUGUCUUGUGCUGUGUUCUUCAUUGGUACAAGAAUUUAUGUCAUGGUGAUUCCACAGGGUAGUCCAUUGACUAGUGUGGUGCAGGUUAUAGUGGCUGCAAUUAAGAAAAGGAAAGUGGAAUUACCAGAACAACCUUUGAUCUCUCUUUUUAACCAUGUUCCUAGUAAUUCUAUCAACUCCAAGCUCCCUUACUCAGAUCAAUUCAGAUUUCUCAACAAGGCAGCAAUCAUCACCCUUGAAGACCAAAUCCAACCAGAUGGUUCAGCAACCAAUCCAUGGAGACUUUGCAGCAUCCAACAAGUAGAAGAAGUGAAAUGCGUAUUGAGAGUACUCCCCAUAUGGGCAGCAGGGAUCGUCUACUACAUCACCAUAGUCCAACAACAGACCUUCCAAGUCUUCCAAGCUCUCCAAUCCGACAGGCGACUAGGCAACACUGGUUUCCUAAUCCCAGCGGCAUCGUACCACGUCUUCCAGAUGGUAAGCCUCACAAUUUGGAUACCCAUCUACGACAGACUCAUAGUCCCAAUGCUACGAAAGAUAACGAAAAAGGAAGACGGUAUCACAAUACUCCAGAAGAUGGGCGUUGGCAUGGUCAUCGCUGUAUUCACUAUGAUCGUAUCAGCAAUUGUCGAAAAGGAAAGGAGGACAUUGGCUCUUACAAGGCCAACGUUGGGGAUUGAACCAAGGAAAGGUGAAAUUUCUUCUAUGUCCGGGUUGUGGUUAAUUGCUCAGUUGAUACUAACGGGAUUUUCUGAGGCAUUUACUGUCAUUGGUCAAGUUGAGUUCUUCUACAAGCAAUUCCCGGAAAAUAUGAGAAGCAUAGCUGGAUCUUUCUUGUUUUGUGGAUUUGCGUUGUCUAGUUAUUUGAGUAGCUUCCUUGUGUCUAUAGUUCAUCGUGCGACAAGUGGAGCUGGGAAGGGGAAUUGGUUGCCGGAGGAUCUUAACAAGGGGAGAUUGGAUUAUUUUUACUAUUUGAUUGCUGGUUUGGAGGUCUUGAAUUUGGGGUACUUCUUAGUUUGUGCAAAGUGGUACAAGUACAAAGGAGCUACUGUCAAUACCCUUGAUGUGGCCCUUGAAAAAAUGCCAAUUUGAAAAGAAAAAGCCUCUUGUUUGAUAUAGAAAUGUUCACGCAAGAGCCUAUUGAAGAAGUCUUCAAACCAAAAUGGUUGACAUACAAAUCAUGGCACAAGAAGCUAUUGUGUGUAAAAUGGCAUAUAAAAUAUGAAACAUAGAUCUAGAUACAGGAUACGGGUAUGAUAUGGAUUGGGAUAUGACAAUAGAAUUUUUUUUAAAAAAUAUGAUACAUGUAUGAGUAGGAUACUAUCAUAAAAGAUGGUGAGAAACCGUUUUUAAGAAUCAAGUAUUAAUUUAAAAGAAUAACUUGACUCUUUUUCAGUAGCUCCUAAUGAAAAUUUUAUUCCAAGUC